CAGGGACUGUGGCACCGUGGUCGCCUCUUUAUUCCGUUCUUUCUCGGGUGCCGUCACAGAAGAAAAAGUGCAAGAUGGGCAAGCGAAGGAGACCAGAUGACGAUGAUGUGGUGGGACGCUCUGUCAAGAAAUCUCGGACAGGCUCAAGGCGCAAUCUGUUGGAUAUCAGUGAUGAGAUUCUCCUUCGUGUCUUGUCCUUCCUCCCGAUAAAGGACUUACUGCGCACUGAAUCGGUGUCGCGCCGAUUCCGCUCCCUUGCGAUUGAUAAAGAGAUCUGGAAGGCGAACUACUAUGACACCUGGAUCGAUCCUCGAGCCCGUCGUUUGCCUGCGGUGAAGACUGAAGAAGAAUCAAAACAAAGAACCAAGAUAGCAAGAUGGCUAGAGCAUGGACAGAAACUGCGGGAUGGCCCUGCAGUGGACUGGAAGCGUCAAUUCAAGGUCAGGAGCAAUUGGGCAGCGGGCACGGCCAAAGUUCAUGAAGUCGAGGUUGCGCAUCCCCCAACGCCGCCCGUUAUCGCGAAAGUCUACAAGGGCAUAAUAUUCACAUUCGACCGGUUGUCGGGGCUACGAGCAUGGCUGGCAUCGGAGGGCACAAGAACGCUCAAAGCCCAGUUGCGCCUUGAAGCUACGACUGCUGCGACCUGUAUGGCCGUUGACGCUCUGAAUGGAGCGGUUCACGUACUACUGGGCUUCGAUGACGGCACGUUUUCAACCUAUUUGUUCCAAGACGGGGGAGGUUUUGAGCAAGUGUCGAGCCAUCGUACUGCUGAUGGGCCACUGAUGGCGGUUGCCCUUGCAAUGCCUUAUGCAAUGUCUGUUUCUAAGACAAAGUUUCUGUCGUUGUAUAACCUGGCGGGAAAAAAGGAGGCCGAUGGGUCGGAAGCCAGCCUUGAACCCAUUACUCGACUUCAGUCAGAUGCUUCGUUCUCUCCAGUUUCUCUGGCUCUUCGAAGGACGCCAUCGAGAAUUAUCGCGACCGUUGCAUAUGCAUUUAAUCGGCUACAUUCUGGUUGGUGCAUGGGAUUACAGGAAAUCAUGCUGUCCACGAACGGAAUUCUGUUGGACAGCAGAUUAACCUCGACCAUCGAGACACCAUUUGAUGCAAGAUAUCAGGGAAGAGACAGAUGGGAGGUGUCGACACGUUCGACUAGUUCGCUACCAUUUCCUUUACAUCCCCAGCUGAUGAGUCCACCUACCUCACUUUCUUACGAGCAUCCUUUCUUGCUCUGCACCCUUGCAGACAACACCAUUAUGUCAUUUCUGGUGACCUCAAACGAAAGCAAACUGGAGAUCAGCGCUGGCAGACGCCUCUGGGGUCACACUUCGGGGGUGUCCGGAGCAGAAGUAAACAAUCGUGGCAAAGCAGUAUCUAUUAGCUGCCGAGGAGAUGAAAUUCGGGUAUGGGAAUUAGAACCGGUGAUGACUGCCAACAGUCAAGCCAGGACAAGCACGCGGAUCAAGGCAGUAGACGCUUUGUCCGGAGUCGCUGCGGCGUUGGCACGAAGAGGCACCGGGCUGGGACUUGCUCUCCCCGAAAUGAAGCAAGAGAUCAGCCUGACCAGAAGAUGGGUCGGUUUCGACGAUGAGCAAGUCGUGGUGCUCGGAGAGAGAGAUCAGAAGCAGAUAAUGGCGUUGUAUGACUUCACGUAGAGCCCGAGGGCUUAAGAUAUAGAUCUUGACGAAUGAUAC